AUGCCAGCUACACGCAAAGUUGUGCCUCGCAAGCGCACUCGGUUAUCCAAUGAAGAUUCAGAGCCCGAAUCUCUUCACAGCGACGCCCUCGACGACCUGCCGCCCAAGAAACGCACGCGUUCUUCCAAUUCCAAGUCCAGCUCACCUUCGAAACCUAAGCCCAAGCGUAACAAACGCAAAGCCAAGGAAGAUGAUAUCAAAGAUGAAGAGGAUGUAGAUGAUAGCGAUGUAGACCUGAAGGAGGGGCAGCAAGUCGUAGGUCGCGUUGUGCAAGCUCCAAAGACAGGCUGGGUACCUCCUGGUCAGGUUUCACAGAACACGCUUGAUUUUCUAGCGAAACUCAAAGACCCUGCGUGUAAUGACCGUGAAUGGUUUAAGCUACACGAACCAGUUUACCGUCGCGUAGAAAAGGAGUUCAAGGCGUUCAUCGAGGCGUUCACUGACAUGCUCACAGACGUUGACUCUGAGAUUCCUCCGUUACCCCCUAAAGACGUCACCCAUCGCAUAUAUAGAGAUGUCCGCUUCAGCAACGAUAAAACACCAUACAAGAAGGGACUAUCUGCGAGUUUUUCGAGGAGUGGCAGGAAGGGGAUUUUUGCGUUUUAUCACGUGUACGCACCUCUUAGCAUGAGAGUCGGACAAGCUGACUGGAUAUAUCCACGUUUCAAGCCGGGUGACGAGAGCGUCAUCGCUGCAGGUGCAUGGUGCCCUGGGAAGAACGAACUCUCGACUCUCAGAAAUCACCUACUUCGUUCCACACCCGCCGCUGAGACUCUGCACACAAUCAUAGCUUCUAAAGCAUUUACUACCCAUUUCGGCGCUCCCUCUCCACACCCGAAUGGAGAUCGUCAGAGUGUAUUUGGGCAUGAAGAUGAAUUGAAGGUGGCACCGAAGGGCGUGGAUAAGAAUCACAAAGAUAUAGCCCUCCUCAAAUGUCGCUCUCUCGCUGUUUCCUAUCGGUUCACAGAUGCACAAGUCGUUGCACCCGGAUUUGAGUUUAUAGAUGCGCUACGCGGGGUUGCGGAUGUGAUGACGCCAUUUGUCCAUUGUUUGAAUGAUUUGAUGACGCUUCCUGUGGACGACAGUUCUGAUGAAGAGAACGAGGAAGAUGAUACUGGGGAUCCGGAGGAAGAUGAGUGA